AUUAUUGGCGAAGCUGGGUCAAAGUAUUCUCCUUGUUGCAUACACGAAUAGUGCUGUUGAUACUGUACUAUGCAAGCUAAAGAAGUUUGAAACUAAGUUUCUGCGCCUUGGAAGAAGUGCACGAGUUAGAGAUGAAUUACAGGAGUUUACAGCAGAUCGUGUGUGCUGUAACAUCACGAGCUGUGAUGAGCUGUCACAGCUGUAUAAAAGCUACAACAUUAUUGCCACCACCUGCCUGGCAACCAACCAUGCUGCUAUUAUUAACAGAACUUUUGACUGGUGUAUCAUCGACGAAGCCAGCCAAGCCCUUCUCCCAUCUGUGAUUCAUCCAAUACUUUUUUCAAAGAAGUUUAUACUGGUUGGUGAUCCUGCUCAAUUACCUCCUGUAGUUCAGAAUCACCAUGCUAGAAAACUAGGCUUAGCUCAGUCCCUGUUUGAGAGACUAGACUGCCCGGCAGCUACUAUAGAUCUGAAUAUACAAUAUAGGAUGAAUCAAACUAUUGCUGACCUAGCCAACCAUCUCACGUACAAGGGAAAGUUGGAAUGUGCUGAUGAAAGCGUGGCUCAGCGUAAUCUCAAACUGAACCUUGAAUCUGGGGUUAAACCUUGGCUCAGUGCAGCCCUGAGCCAGAAGCAAGAGGAGUCCGUUGUCUUUCUAGACACACACAUGGAGGCCAGGGAGGAGCCGUUGCCAGGAGGGGUCAGGAACAUCAUGGAGGGACACAUCGUGCUCCAGUUAGUUGGAGAGGCUCGUCGCGGUGGGCUGGAUGAGACUGAAAUAGCGGUUAUAGCGCCAUAUGCUGCGCAAGUAAAACAUCUUCAGGUUGUGAUGAAAAAGGCUGGAUUUUGUGUCGAAGUUGGUACUGUCGAUCAAUUUCAGGGACGAGAUAGUGAAUUAGUUAUUUACUCGUGUACUAGAAGUUUCAUCAACUCAGGAGAAAAGGAGAAAAUUAGUGCAGGACAUAUCCUCAACGAUGAACGUAGACUUAACGUUGCAAUUACGCGUGCACGCUCUAAGCUUGUGAUUGUUGGUUGUUUACAGACACUUGUCAGAGAGUACAAACCUUUCAGAAACAUGUUGAGCUUUCUGGAAAAUGGGAAAACAGUACAACUGUGCCAAGACGACAUGAAAAUUCCAGUUUAAUUAAUAUCCACGUCAUGGUGCCCAUGAUUAUAAGUUAGAAAUGUUGUCAACAAGAUUAUUGUAAUCUGAGUUGGACCAAAAUAUUAUUUUUCAUGUUGUGACUAAAAUAUUGUGACCAUUGAAAAGCUAUAUUUUUGAAGAAAUAAUUUACUUUACUUCACGAAAAUUAAUGUGAUUAUAAAAAAACCAAUGUAAUCUCAUGUAAAUAAAUUGCAUAAUGUAGA